AUGUUACUGUUAAAUCUCCAUCUGAGAGUUCUAGCAGAUGUUCAAAGCCCAAUCAUUGAACCAACCCAGGUUCAAGAAGAUGUUCAAAGCCCAAUCAUUGAACCAGCCCCGAUCCAAGAAGAUGUUCAAGGUCAAAUUUUUGAAUCAGCACAGGUUCAUCAAGACGCUCAGAGCCCCAAUUUUGACGAUGAAUUUAAUUUUGUAGCAAAUGAGGAAACCUUUGCUUCAGGAAGUUCUUCUGCUCGACCACCUCCAGAGCACGAUGUUGCAUCCAUUAACCUGGCCAAGAUUCUUGCUUUUCAAGACUCCAUUCCUCAGUUGAGAGGAAAGGGUAUAUGUAUUGGUUCUGGACAAGGAGGUGAUGAGGAAUCACAACACACUAUCUCUGAGCUUAGACAAGAGAUACUGAUUUUGAAGCAGGAAUCCAUUGAAAAGGAUCUACUAAUCGGCAAGUUGGAUAUGUGA